GACACACACUGCACCGACAUGAGAGAAGAGAGGGGGGCUGUGUGUUUCUAUCAGCGGAUUUUUCACUUCUAAAAGUUUGAUUCGAGGGGGCAGGACAUCUGUUUGAGGGGGCGUUGCCCCCUCUUGCCCCUGCGUAGAGCCGGCCCCGUUUUAACCCUUGCAUGAUGUCCAUUUCUAUGCACAUACAGUAACUUCCUGUUUUCCCUUGUCCAGUAAGUCAGAUUAAGAGCUGGCGACAAUAUAUUUUUGGACCUUUGUCUCCAGACACCAGGCCAACUGUCAAUAAUUAUACAGUCCCUGAGAUCUUUUUCUGCUUUGCCAGGGCACUAAAACUGGAAAGUUGUUGGGUUGCAUAGAGGGGUGGGGCUGCAAGCACAUGCCCCCUCUGGAGAGUUAACAUCUGGAAUCAAAAGUCUGAAGAGGACAGAAAGAUUUCACAACAUGAGGGAACUGGACAAAAACAUGAGGGACUGCACAACUUGUGCCCGGUCCUCCUCCGAUGACCUCGUCUUCUUCGUAAAUGGAAAAAAGAUUGUGGAGACAAAUGCAGAUCCUGAAAUGACCUUGCUCACAUAUCUGAGAAGGAAGCUGGGCUUACCGGGGACCAAGCUGGGUUGUGCUGAAGGUGGCUGCGGAGCGUGCACAGUGAUGCUGUCAAAAUACCAAGCUCACACGCAAAACCUGACUCAUUAUGCCGUGAACGCCUGCCUUGCCCCUAUCUGCUCCUUGCAUCUGGUUGCUGUGACCACCGUGGAAGGAAUUGGCAGCGUUGCAAGGCAGCUGCAUCCCGUACAGGAACGGAUCGCAAAGGCUCACGGCUCGCAGUGCGGUUUCUGCACUCCGGGUAUCGUCAUGUCCAUGUACGCAUUGCUAAGAAACAACCCCACCCCCAAAAUGGCUGAUGUGGAGGAGGCUUUCCAAGGAAACCUUUGUCGCUGCACUGGAUAUCGGCCCAUCCUGGAAGCCUACAAGACCUUUACUGUGGAAGGCGGAUGCUGUGGGGGGAAAGGACGGGACAACGGCUGCUGUAUGAAAAAUAGCAAAGCCGAGGAGAAUGAGGCGGAUGUGGACAUGGCUUCGAAGCUGUUCAACACUGCUGACUUUGCGCCACUUGACCCCACGCAGGAGGUCAUCUUCCCUCCAGAGCUGAUGACCCUGAGCAAAAGUGAGAAGACAUGCUCGCUGCAGUUUCGCAAUGACAGGGCAGUGUGGCUGCAGCCUGCCACCUUGGACAAGUUCCUCAAUUUGAAAUGGAAACAUCCCGAUGCCCGAGUGGUGGUGGGAAAUACAGAAGUGGGUAUAGAAGUAAAGUUCAAGAACAUGUUAUAUCCAGUCAUUCUGGCUCCAGCCUUCAUCCCGGAACUCCACAAAGUGAUAUACACUGAUGAAGGUAUCGUGUUUGGCGCAGCGUGCACUCUCACCCAAGUGGGUGAGGUACUGAAGGAGGCCGUGAAGGAGCUCCCUUCAUACCAAACCCAGGUCUUCCUUGCUGUCCUGGAGCAGUUGCGCUGGUUUGCGGGACAGCAGAUACGCAACGUUGCGGCUGUUGGUGGGAACAUCAUGACUGCUAGUCCCAUAUCAGACCUUAAUCCUGUUUUUAUGGCGGCCAGCUGUAAACUCACACUGAUGGACAAAGAUGGCAGUCGUGUGGUUCAGAUGGACGACGGUUUCUUUGUGGGUUACAGGAGGACUGUGCUGCGCCCACAAGAAAUCCUGCUAUCCAUUGAGAUUCCCUAUAGCAGGAAGAAUCAAUUCUUCUCAGCCUUCAAGCAGUCACCUCGCCGAGAGGACGACAUCAGCAUUGUCACCACCGCCAUGAGUGUCACUUUCACACCCGGGACGUGCGUUGUGGAGGAUGUGAGGCUAAGCUACGGUGGCAUGGCGGCCACCACCGUGCUUGCAAAAAAGACAGCAAACAAACUGUUGGGAAGAUGCUGGGGGGAGGCGUUGCUGGAAGAAGCUUGCUCCUCAUUGGCAGAGGAGUUGACCCUGGAUCCAUCUGCGCCAGGCGGCAUGGUGACAUACCGACGAACUCUUAGCCUCAGUCUAUUCUACAAGUUCUACUUGACAGUGCUGCAGAAGCUGCGAGAGCAGGGUUUAAAUGUGGAAGAGGUCCGAUCUGAUCUCCUGAGCGCAACAGAGAUUUACCAUCAAGAGACGCCAUCCAGUGUUCAGAUCUACCAGGAGGUGCCACAGGCCCAGAACCAAGAUGACGUGCUGGGCCAUCCCCUGAUGCACCUUUCAGCUCUGAAGCAGGCGACGGGUGAGGCGGUUUACUGCGACGACAUCCCGCUGUUUGAGAACGAGGUGUACUUGGCCCUCGUGACCAGCAGCAAGGCGCAUGCUCGCAUCCUUUCCGUUGACUCGUCGGCAGCAGAGUGUUCGCCCGGCUUCAUUUGCUGCGUCUUUGCCCGUGACAUUCCGGGCAGCAACAAGAGCGGGCUAUGGCAUGAUGAGAGCGUUCUUACUGAUGACCUGGUCACAUGUGUGGGCCACGUCAUUGGUGCCGUUGUGGCUGACACUCAGGUUCAUGCUCAGCGAGCCGCUAAAGCCGUCAAGAUCCAGUAUGAGGAAUUGCAGCCGAUUAUCACCAUACAGGAAGCCAUUGCCGCCCAGUCCUUCUACAAGACAAUUAGAACACUCCAGAAGGGAGACCUGGAGGCAGGAUUCAAACAGGCGGACCACAUUCUGGAAGGUGAGACGCACAUUGGUGGCCAAGAGCAUUUCUACCUGGAGACCAACGUGACUGUGGCUGUCCCUCGAGGGGAAGACGACGAAAUGGAGCUCUUUUCCUCCACUCAGAAUCCCUCUGAAACGCAGUCUCUGGUGGCCUUGGCAUUGGGCAUCCCCUCCAACAGGGUGGUAGUGCGAGUAAAAAGGAUGGGCGGAGGCUUCGGCGGCAAAGAGAGCCGGACCACCAUAUUAUCCACUGUGGUUUCCGUGGCAGCGCACAAGCUGCGACGACCUGUCAGGUGCAUGUUGGACAGAGAUGAAGAUAUGUUGAUCACUGGAGGAAGACACCCAUUCUACGGAAAAUAUAAGGUGGGCUUCCUGAAGAGCGGGAAGUUGCUAGCCCUGGAUGUGUCAAUGUACAGUAAUGCGGGAAACUCCCUUGACCUCUCUCAGGCAAUCAUGGAGCGUGCUCUGUUCCACAUGGAGAACGCAUACAGCAUUCCAAACGUGCGUGGUCGCGGCUUUUUGUGCCGCACCAAUCUGCCAUCUAAUACAGCCUUCAGAGGCUUUGGAGGUCCGCAAGGCAUGAUGAUUGCGGAGACCUGGAUGAACGACGUGGCUCAGAGCCUGGGCCGGCCGGCGGACGAGGUUCGACAAAUGAACCUGUAUAAAGAAGGUGACGUGACACCGUACAACCAGGUCCUGGACCAGUCUACUUUGGAUCGCUGCUGGGAUGAGUGCAUGUUCCGAUCACGGUACCAGCAGCAGCGAGCUGCCGUCGAGCUGUACAAUAAAGAAAACCGAUGGACCAAACGAGGCCUUGCGAUCAUACCGACGAAAUUCGGCAUCAGCUUCACGGCUGUCUUUCUUAACCAGGCUGGAGCGCUUGUACACAUAUACACAGAUGGGUCGGUGCUGCUGACUCACGGUGGGACAGAAAUGGGACAGGGACUCCACACCAAGAUGAUCCAGGUUGCCAGCCGGGUUCUUGGUGUUCCCUGCUCAAAGAUCCACAUAUCGGAGACUAGUACCCAAACUGUCCCUAACACAAGUCCGACGGCUGCCUCUGCCUCUUCGGACCUCAACGGAGCUGCUGUGAGAAACGCCUGCCAGCUUCUCAAUGAGCGCCUGGAACCCUACAAGAGCAAAAACCCCAAAGGAUCGUGGGAAGAAUGGGUCAAAGCAGCGUACUUUGACAGAGUCAACCUGAGUGCCAACGGCUUUUACAAGACUCCAAAUAUAGGAUACAGCUUUGAAACCAACUCUGGCCGAGCGUUCAACUAUUUCAGCUAUGGAGUCGCCUGUUCUGAAGUGGAGGUGGACUGUUUGACUGGAGCUCACAAGAACCUGAGCACUACCAUUGUGAUGGACGUCGGCGUUAGCCUCAAUCCCGCAAUAGACAUCGGACAAGUGGAGGGGGCAUUUAUGCAGGGUCUGGGUAUGUUCACCCUGGAGGAGCUUCACUAUUCCCCUCAGGGUGUCCUCCUCACCCGGGGUCCAGGUUCUUACAAGAUCCCGGCCUUUGGUGACAUUCCCACCGAGCUAACCGUGUCGUUGCUUCGUGACGCCCCUCACGACAAAGCCAUCUUCGCCUCCAAGGCCGUGGGCGAGCCUCCUUUGUUCCUCGCAUCAUCUGUUUUCUUUGCCAUCAAAGACGCCAUUAGUGCAGCUCGCACUGAAUCGGGCAUCACAGGCCCAUUCAGGCUGGACAGCCCCGCCUCUGCAGAACGGAUACGAAAUGCUUGCAACGACCGCUUCACCAAACUGUGUCCCCCUGCAGAGCCUGGGACCUUCCAGCCUUGGUCUGUCCAAGUCUGAAUCUAUCGCAAACCACAACCCCAUGCCGCCGGAUGGUGAAGCACAUAUUCAAGAGCACAGCAGAAUAUCAUGUCCACGGAACGGGUCCAUUAAGCAUAUCAUAAAAGAUCUUCUCGUUAUACUACAACAGAUUCAAAGAGCUAAUCAACUCAAAUUUUGUUGUGUCGCAAUUUAUCACUGCACUUGAUCAUAAAUGUAUGAUUGUGAAAGAAAGAAUAAAUCAUUUAUAGCAGAGGCAAUUACAA